AUGCUAGCUUGCAACAAGCCGCCUGGGGCAGCACAGAGGAAAUUGAAGGACAUGCUGGCGAUACCGUCACACUCUCCGCGGGCUUUAAAGAUCACAGAGGCAAUCGCAAAAUUCAUCUGCAUGGAUUUACGCCCGUACAGUGUUGUCGAGAACGACGGAUUCAGGAACCUCGUCAAGGUAAUGGAACCCCACUACGUAAUGCCCCAGCGAAAACACCUUGCUGAAAAAUUAAUACCUACGAUGUACGAGGCUCUGAAGGAGGCCAUUCGAAUCAAAAUCCAGGCAGCUAACAGGGUUGCCAUUACAUGCGACACCUGGACAUCACUGUCAACGCAGUCUUACCUGACAGUGACGUGCCACUACAUUGACACGGAGUGGUGUCUGGUCUCACAUGUGUUACAAACAACCGAGGUGCUCACCAGCCACACCGCUACAAACCUCGCUGGCAUGCUGUCAGGGGCAAUAGAGGAGUGGGGAUUGACCAGCAAGACCCCAGCAGUAGUAACCGACAACGCUGCCAACAUGGUGCGGGCAGUGGAACUGAUGCAGCUGACGCACGUCGGGUGCUUCGCCCACACUCUAAAUUUGGCAUCUCAAGCGGGCCUGAAAAUCCCGGCAGUGUCACGUCUCCUCAGUCGAGUGAGGCGUAUAGCAACUUUCUUCCACCGGAGCACAACGGCCACACAUAUCCUCAAAGAAAAACAGAAGAUGCUCCAACUUCCAGCACAUAAGCUCACUUUGGACGUUGUGACCCGAUGGAACAGCGCACUGGACAUGGUCGAGCGUUUUCUGGAACAGCAGCCAGCUAUCUCUGCCACUCUACUGUCACCAGACGUCCGUCGCAAUGAGAGGGAUUUGUGCAGCUUGACCGAGGAAGACGUGACAACUGCCGAAGAUUUGGUGCGGACCUUGCAGCCCCUGAAGGCAGCCACACAAGCCAUAUCUGAAGACAAGCGUCCAACGCUAUCCAUAAUCACACCACUGCUCGCCUUGCUGCAGGAUGCCAUGACCCCCAGCGAACAGGAUUCCCCUGUGGUGAGGGACCUGAAGGCUGCUGUGAAGAGCAACUUAAGGACAAGAUAUGGUGCCCAGAAGGGGAUGCUGUAUGGAGCGACAGCGCUGGACCCGCGUUUUAAGGCCCUCCCCUCCCUGACUGCUGAAGAGCAAGAUGAGGUAUUUUCCAGGCUGCAGGCUGAGGCUGCUACUGCUGCACCUGAUGCAAAUACUGAUGGUGAGACUGAGGAGGAGGAAGGAGCUGAAGAGAGGGUGACCUCGCCCAGGAAAUGCAGUGCGUUUGAGUCCCUCUUUGGACAGGCCUACAGAGCACCAUCGGUACAUGCAGAUGAAAGAAAAACUCCAUCUAAACGGGCGGAGGAAGAGAUAACUAAAUACAGGGCAGAACCACCUGCUUCCCUGAAUGAAAGCCCUUUGACCUGGUGGAGGUCACGUGAAGGGGAGCUCCCACUCUUAGCGCGCCUGGCAGGGCACUACCUCUGCGUCCCAGGGACCAGCGUUGCAUCGGAGAGGGUAUUUUCCACUGCGGGCGAUAUCAUCACAGCAAAAAGGAGCUGCAUCACCCCAGAGCAUGUCAAUGAGCUCCUUUUCCUAAACAAGAAUCUCUAA